AUGGCUCAAUCAAGUAAUAAUUUCCAGCAGCUGGUGAAGGAAUGGUAUAGUAAAGAAGGGAAGGAUCCGACGAAGGAUGCGCCUGUAUUAUUACAGAAACUGAAGGAUAUGGUGGAUGCCUUUAUGAGGAAAAUAAAUAAUGUUGAUCCGGACGAUAAAUCAAUUGGGGAAACCGGAUGCGGCGAAAUUAUCUUCGGCGGGAAAAAAAUAACAGACGAAAAGGAACAAAUAUGGUGUUCUUUUCUAUUACAAAAUUUAAUGAAAAUAGAACUCUCAAAAGCACAGAAUGCGAGCUUACCUUCACACAAUAAAAAAAUGCAGGAGUAUAUACAAUGUCAGGUUAUGAGAGCAUUGUCUUAUAUAUACAGUGACAUGUAUUGUGGGGUCAAUGAAAGUUUAACAGCAAUUUUUAAUAAAGUAAAUGAACAACAGUGCACAAGUUGGGGCUCCCCAGGCAACUGCGGUUCUUGUCAACAUGGAAUUUUGGACACAAUGUCUGUGGGUGGUCAGCGUGUUUUAGAUCACAUUUUUGACAAAAUGAAGACUGGUAUACCAGUUUUCAUAAAACAGUAUAAAUUGUCAUUUAAGGAACAAUGUAACAUUACUAAGCCAGGCCAGAAGGCAUCCACUCAACUCGACCCCAAAGUACAAAAUCUCAUAAAUCAAAUAAGGCAAGAAAUACUUUCAGCAACCGCAUCUGUGUCAUCUCCCACGGCAAAGCAUCAAUACGAUGCAUUAGCCGAUGCAUUAAUACAAUGGUUCACGGACAAGAAAAUAUCAGUGGCAACUGACUUUAAGGACAAAUUAUGGACUCAUCUAGAAGAAAUAUUCGACGAUAUUAUGAAAAAUGUAUUCCAGGACCCGACAGAAAUUAAUAGUAUGUGUAGUGGGAUAGUGGGAAACAGGAACCGGAACUUCACGACUCCGGACAAGGAGUUAUGCAAAGUUAUGGUAAAAAUACGAUCAUAUAUAAAUGGAGUAAAGAUAUUGCCAUAUAAUAGAUUCGGAGAAGUACAGAGUAUUACUGGUCAGGAGGAAGUAGAUGCAUAUUUACGAUGUCUACUUGGGAGAGCAGUUUUAGUAAGGUGGUUGGGCGGUCACACGAGUAAGGGGAAAGUUGCAAGAACGGUUUUAGACGCUGUUAAGAAAUGGGAUGGUUUUAGUAAAGUGAAGGAAGAAUAUAGGAAAUGUAAUGAAUUAGAUUUAGGCAGAAUGCGUAUUGCGGGCAAUUAUAUAUGGCCCCAAUUAGAAAAAUGGGCCACAGAGAAAAAGGGGCCAAGUGCAAAGAGCUCUUAUAUAAAGCAAGGUAUCCAGAGACUAGAGAGUAUUAGCAAUCAGGGCAAACCUAAGGUACAAGCCAAGAGUCCAGCGAAGGCAGAUCCUCCAAUCCCACCGGAGGAUCAGGAUGCUUUGAAAGAAUUGUUUGUAGUAAAGAAUGUCGAUCAGGUGGAAGAAUUAGUUCAAGAAGCAGAAGUAGCAGCUGCUGCAGCAGCACUUGCUGCUGCUACUCCUAGUGAUCCAGGUGGUGUUGCUGGUGUUGGUACUCCGGCAGCAGCGAAGCCAGCACCACCAACUCCUGAAAAUUGCAUCCAGAAGGAAAAGAACAACUUAUGCAAUCGCCUAGAUUGCAUGAAACAUUUAUGGGAGAAUAAAGCAGCAGCAGGAAAGACGUCUACCUCUGCUACGAACACAUUUUGGACCAAGGAUGUGAAGGAAUUGUGGAAAGAACUAUCCAACGCCAUGAAGGGGAAAGAACAUGACAAUGGAAGUGGAUGUAGUAAAAUUGGAGAUAGUAAUGGUGGCACUGAACCAAGGGAUGCAACUCAUUCCGAAAAGACGGCAUGCAAUUAUUUGCAUGCCGGCUUCAAACAAUUAUACGAACCGGAUACUUCGUUAUCAGGAACGACUAACAGUGGUAACUUAUCUACGAAACACCCAUCGUUUAGACAAACGAUGGGUUGUUUCUUACUUCACGCUUAUGCAAAAAUAAUGAAAGAAAAAGCAACUUGUCUUAUUGAUGAUGGAAUACAGAAGGCAUUUGAUUUAUGGAAGAAGCCAGAGGAUAAAGCUCCAACUUAUUGCAGUGAUGCCAAUGGCAAGGAACCUUGUGUUCCUUGCCAAUGGCAAGCAGAUGACAAAAAUUGGGAAAAUUGCACAAUAAACACAAAUGUUACUAAUGGCCAGUCCCUUGGCCAAGGGGAGAAGAUAGAAAGGAAGUUAAAGACCAUCGUCAAUGAAGGCGACUUCAAAAUAAAACAAAUGCUAACUAAAAUAAAUGAAAUGAAUAAAUUAUGUGACCAUAUGAAAUGUAUAGCAUCCUACCUAAAUUCCACAAACGGAAAACAACCGAGUAAAACUGCGAGCACAUUUUGGACCAAAGGUGGCGAAGUUGGCAAACUAUGGACAGAAUUGUCAGAGGAAAUGACCAAAAAUGGCACAAACGGGAACACCGAAUGUGAGCAGGUUGAUGGGAGUAGACCUGCCACUGAACCUGAAAAGAAGGCAUGCAAUUAUUUGCAUGUCGGCUUCAAAAAACUAAAGGAACUUUCACAGCCCACAACGCCUCCAAAAAAGGACGAUAAAAUCUUGGAUAAGGACCCAUUGUUGAAACAAGCGAUGGGUUGUUUCUUACUUCACGCUUAUGCAAAGAAAAUGAAAAACGACGCGAAAUGUGAAAUAGAAGCUGGAAUAAAGAAGGCUUUUGAGGUUGGUGGUAAAGAUUUAAGUAAUAAUGUUAAUUGCAAUGGUGGCAAAGGACAAUGUGUCCCUUGCCAUUGGAAUGAUGCCACCAUUGACGACUGCGAAAUUAACACAACUGGCACCACCCCAAAAGCGAAAGUAACGGACAAAUUAACACCAUUUCAAAACGAAAUGAAAACCACCUUAACUACCAUCAUGGAAGAAGUAAACAAAACCGAGUCUUUAUGUGACAAACUCAAAUGUGCCGUACCCAGAUGGUUCCAAAACCAAAAGAACAAGAACCAAGCAGGGAGUAGUGGUAGUAGUACUGCUAACAAGACUUGGUGUGACUUUUGGGAUACGACUGUUAAAGACGCGCUGGAUGAGAUGUUCAACAAGAUCGAGGAGAAUGGAAAGAACAAUGCAACCAAAACUGAUGGUCCAUGCCGAGGUUUUGGUGAUGGUAAUGCUGAUAGUGUCGAAAGAAAAGCAUGUAAUCACAUCGCGGCUGGUUUAAACUACAUUAAACAGAUUCCAAAUGGUGCUACUGCCACUCAGCCUAAUGGUAAAGACAACCAACUGCUCCAACAAACAGUUGGUUGUAUUGCUCUUAACAUGUACGCAACUAAAAUAAAAGAAAUGUCUCAAGAUAAAUGUCCCAUUGAUGAGGAUACAAUAAAAAAAAUGUUCAAAACAUGGAAUCAAAAAAAUAAUAAUAUUUCGUGUUUGACCUCUGGUGGUGCUAAUAAUAAAGAUUGUUUUGUUUGCGAAAGAGAAGACUUUAGUGGUUGCAACCUCCUCGUUGAUGAAGACCUCAUUGGAACAUCAGCAUCACCAAAUGGACAAAAAUGCAAUGAUAACAAGGACAAAGACAAUGUCCAAAUUCAAGUGGACGAACUACUCAAGGAAAACAACACCCCCAAAGUGAAGGAAACAUUAUCUACUAUCACUGACAUUAAGACCUCUUCUUUCUGUACUAAACUCCAAUGCGCUGCGAAACAAUACCACAAAAGUAAAAAGAAAGUUGGGAAAUCCCUAACGACGCUAUCAUGGAGUGAAAUGGAAUCAGACAUUAGGGCUGCAUUAAAGCAACUUCUAAAUCAUAUGACCAACGCGACGAAUCAGAAAGCAGUUGACCAAUACUGCAACGAAAACAACGACAAAUGGGGUAAAUAUGGCACUAAACAGAGCCAAACAAAUAAAGCAGCUUGUUUGCUUUUUGCUUCAGGAUUAAAGCACAUUUAUGGCCACGGUAAUGGCCGUCCCAACGGCCACAAGGUUGGCCCGGUUAAUGGCCCAUCGUUUGCACAAACGAUGGGUUGUUUAUUUCUUAAAGAAUAUGCAAAACAAUUGGAAAAAAUGGCAGAAGAUAAGAAAGAGUAUAAGGUACAUCCUCUUUGUAGCGUAGAUAAGGGCAUAAAACAUGCUUUUGAACAAAGUGCAAAAAUUAUGAAUGACACACCUCCAUGCAAAAAUAAUGUCAAUUCUUGUUUUGAAUGCAAAAUUGACAAAGAUUAUGAUGAUUGCAAAAUUGGCCAAGACAAAAUAAAGGACAAUGUGGAAUCACUGUUCAAAGACCAACAGAACAAAAACCUAAUGGAAAAAACAUUAGAGAAUACACUUUGUCCCAUCCUUCCUAUGGAUUUUCUUACCCCUUUUCUUCCUUUGGCUCCUGUCUCCAUUGGUCUUUCUGUUAUGGCUUAUUAUCUUUGGAAGUAUUUUGGUCCUCUUGGUAAAGGAGGACCGCGUUUCCGAAGAUCUCCUACUGAAAUUCCUGGUCCAUCAGUACAGGAACAAGUCCUGGAUCAUGUGCAGCAAGAUAGUUCACAUGAAUAUCGAUUGGUGAAGGAACGAAAACCUCGUUCUGCUCCAACGAGAACGAAACGUUCUGGUCCCGUGAAUCGCCGCACGAUUAUUGAAAUUCAUUUUGAAGUGUUGGACGAAUGUCAAAAAGGGGACACACAAUGGAACCAGAAGGAUUUUCUGGAACUUUUGGUUCGAGAAUUCAUGGGAUCCGAAUUAAUGGAAGAAGAACAGGUUCCUAUGGAAGGGGUUCCUUUGGAACGUGUUCCAAAUUUAGGUUCCGGGUUUAUGGUUUAA